AUGCCUUCCCAAACUUCAUACCGUUCCGCGGAUCCGCCAGGCUCCCCGGGGAAUGAUUCUGAUUCAGACCUCGAUCUCGACAUCCAGGAGCUCGAUCCUGCGACCACAACCACCGAACGCAGUUCUGGCCUCAUCCGACACGACCGCCAAUCCACCGAGCACCGAUCACCACGUAUAGCACUGCGGAAUCUUCGCAUGGGGGGCUCACGCCGCGCUGGGCAGAAGGCCAGGGGAUACGGCGAACUCGGCCAGAACCGUGACGACGCCAGCGAGGAUGCCCAAGCACUUCUCGGCGAGCCCGGAGGUUCUUCGUCGCGGUAUAGGGACGGAAACCCAGGCGCAGGCUCGGACGACGAUUCGCCUCUCCUCCCCGGCGGCUCGCCUCCCAGGCGCCGCUCCUUCGCCGGAGAUAGGUUCGAGCGCCUCACUUCCAGCCUACGACUCCCUAGCUUUAUGUCCAAUUCGGGCACCCAGGAAGCCGCCAAGGACGAUGGGCAAGACCAAGACGAGGAUGACCCGUCGAGCUCCCGUCUCGUUGCCGUAGGGUCAUCGCAGGCGACAAGAUUCCCUCCGAACCUCAUAUCCAACGCCAAGUACACGGCGCUCACCUUCCUGCCCGUCACACUAUACAACGAAUUCUCGUUCUUCUUCAACAUGUACUUUUUGCUGGUGGCUUUAUCCCAGGCGAUCCCUGCCCUACGAAUCGGCUACCUCACGACAUAUGUUGCACCGCUGGCCUUUGUGCUGGUGAUCACCAUGGGAAAGGAGGCUUACGACGAUAUCGAGAGGAGGAGGAGGGAUAAUGAGGCGAAUGCGGAGGCGUAUACAGUCUUGGUGUUCGAAGAGCCUGGCCGGGGGAUGGUUUCUGGGCAGCGGUCUCACAAGAGGCUCAAGUCGGAUUCCCUGAGGAAAAAGGGCAAAAACACGGUCAACAACCGAGACAGACUAUCGGAUAUUCGAGAGGAAGAAGAGCGGGCCGAAGGAGACGGGCCUGUCGCAGAGCCGUCCUCAUUUGUCCGCGAAGUCGGCCGAAAGUCGCGCGACCUCAAGGUUGGCGAUGUCCUCAAGUUGAGCAAGGGGCAAAGAGUCCCCGCCGACGUGGUGAUUCUGAAGUGCAUCACCUCAGAGACGACAAAUGCAUCGCCCGUCAUGGAGACAAUCGCGGAGGAAGAAUCGUUGCUGGUAAAUACGGACGAAGAGCCCGAGAACGUAAAGUUACCAACAAAGGGCAAAGAAGUUGAGAGCAACGACAGCGGCGGCGGCGCAACUGGCGAGACUUUCAUCAGAACUGACCAACUGGAUGGAGAAACAGACUGGAAGCUGCGGCUGGCAUCGCCCUUAUCGCAAACCCUGCCCACGGAAGAGUUUGUUCGUCUCCGUGUCACGGGAGGUAAGCCGGAUAGAAAGGUGAACGAGUUCUUGGGUACAGUCGAGCUACUACCCAGCAGACGAGACGCCCAAGAUCAACAGGGAGCACUCGACGGAGACGAAGGAACAUCGGCCCCUUUGUCGAUAGACAACACAGCUUGGGCGAACACCGUCAUCGCCUCCAACGCCACCACGCUCGCAGUCAUCAUGUACACUGGACCUCAGACAAGAUCGGCGCUGUCGACCGCUCCCUCGCGAUCGAAGACCGGUCUCCUGGAGUACGAAAUCAACUCCUUGACCAAGAUUCUGUGCGCCCUGACCUUGGCACUCUCUAUCAUUCUUGUGGCCUUGGAGGGCUUCGGCAACACCGAGGGCAACGUCUGGUACAUCAAGAUCAUGCGAUUCUUGAUCCUUUUCUCGACCAUUGUACCCAUCAGUCUGCGCGUCAAUCUCGACAUGGGUAAGAGCGCGUACUCCUGGUUCAUCCAACGCGACCCUGGUAUUCCCGGGGCCGUUGUUCGAACAAGCACGAUCCCCGAAGACCUGGGCAGAAUCGAGUAUCUGCUCAGUGACAAAACUGGCACCUUGACACAGAACGAGAUGGAGAUGAAGAAAAUCCACGUCGGCACGGUUUCCUACGCCAACGAGGCCAUGGACGAGGUCACGUCGUAUGUCAAGCAAGGCUUCCAUAUUCAACCGACCACCGACCCUUCGUCGCACACGAUGUUGAUCACCCCUUCGUCGACGUUCGCAAACUCGACCAACGUCGGAGCGACCCGUACGAGAAGAGAGAUCGGGUCCCGUGUGCGAGACGUAGUCCUUGCUCUGGCGUUGUGCCACAACGUGACGCCGACGACAGAGGAAGAAGACGGAAAGACCGUGGUCUCGUACCAGGCGUCUUCUCCAGACGAAAUUGCCAUCGUCCGUUGGACCGAGUCCGUUGGCCUCCGCCUCGCCUAUCGGGACCGUACAAGCAUGGUCCUCGAGUCAACGGAAAACGGCCGCGAGAUUGUCCGCGUGCGCAUCCUCGACGUCUUCCCUUUCACGUCCGAAGGAAAGCGCAUGGGCAUUGUCGUUCAGUUCUUUGAGCAGGCUCAGUCAACAGCACCGAAUCUUGCCGAUAGCGAGAUUUGGUUCUACCAAAAGGGUGCUGAUACGGUCAUGAGCCCCAUAGUCGCCGAGAACGACUGGCUCGACGAGGAAACAUCCAACAUGGCUCGGGAGGGUCUUCGCACACUCGUGGUCGGACGCAAACGUCUAUCGUACGAACAGUACAAAGAGUUCACCGGAAGCUACCAGGCAGCUUCGCUAGCCAUCGCCGGCCGCGACGCCGGCAUGCAGCGUGUCGUGGCUCAGUACCUCGAGCGCGAUCUGGAACUUCUCGGCGUCACCGGCGUCGAGGACAAGCUUCAGAAAGACGUCAAGCCAUCGCUGGAGCUGUUGAGGAAUGCCGGCAUCAAGAUCUGGAUGUUGACUGGUGACAAGGUCGAGACGGCACGCUGUGUCGCCGUGAGCUCCAAGCUGGUCGCCCGCGGCCAGUACAUCUACACCGUAUCCAAGCUUAAGAAGAAGGACAAUGCGCAGGACCACCUCGACUUCCUCCGGGGCAAGACGGACUCCUGCCUUCUGAUAGACGGCGAGAGUCUGGCUCUGUUUCUGACCCAUUUCCGGAUCGAGUUCGUGUCCGUUGCCGUACAGCUCCCGACUGUUGUUGCUUGCCGGUGCUCCCCGACGCAGAAGGCGGAGAUUGCGAAGCUGAUCAAAGAGUACACCAAGAAACGCGUCUGCUGCAUCGGUGACGGCGGCAACGAUGUCUCCAUGAUCCAGGCGGCGGACGUCGGUGUUGGUAUCGUGGGCAAGGAGGGUCGCCAGGCCAGUUUGGCGGCCGACUUCUCGAUCGAGCAGUUCUUCCACUUGACCAAACUCCUGGUCUGGCACGGACGAAACAGCUACAAGCGCAGCGCCAAGCUUGCCCAGUUUGUCAUACAUCGCGGGCUGAUCAUUGCCGUCUGCCAGACCAUGUACAGCAUCGCCAUCAAAUUCGAGCCUGAAGGUCUUUACAAGAACUGGCUUCUCGUGGGAUACUCCACCGUGUACACCGCGUUCCCUGUUCUCUCGCUUGUCCUCGACAAGGACGUAGACGAGAACCUGGCUAACCUCUAUCCCGAACUGUAUAAGGAGCUCACCUCCGGGCGGUCACUGUCUUAUCGGACCUUCUUCGUCUGGGUUGCCGUUUCAAUCUAUCAAGGCUGCACCAUCCAAGGGCUCUCGCAGAUCCUCACAGAAGUCGAGGGGCCCAAGAUGGUGGCCGUAUCAUACACCGUGCUGGUGCUCAACGAGCUCCUCAUGGUUGCCAUUGAAAUCACGACGUGGCAUCCCGUCAUGAUCAUCUCCAUCGUCGGCACCUUUGUCGUGUUCGUGGGCUCUGUGCCGUUCCUGGGCGACUAUUUUGACCUCCAAUUCAUCAUUACACUGGGGUUCAUCUGGCGCGUUCUCGCCAUCGCGGCCAUAUCGCUCAUCCCGCCGUACGCGGUGAAACUCAUCAGGAGGACGAUGAAGCCGCCCUCGUACAGGAAAGUGCAGAGCACGUAG